AUGGCGGGGGUGUGCCCCGGGCCCGGGACCUUGGAGCGCGCCGGCAGCUGCUGGCAGGACCCUCUGGCCGAGGCGCUGAGCCGGGGCAGGCCGAUCGCUGCGCCCCCGGGCCGGGGCUGCGCGCGGAGCCGGCCGCUCAGCGUGGUCUAUGUGCUGACGCGGGAGCCGCGGCCCGAGGUGGAACCUGGGGCGGGAACCGAGGCGGAACCACUGCCCCUGCGCUGCCUGCGCGAGGCCUGUGCGCAGCUCUCGGGGCCUCGGCCGCCGCCACAACUGCGCAGCCUGCCCUUUGCGACCCUGGCGCUGGGUGACACCACCGCGCUGGAUUCCUUCUACAAUGCGGAUGUGGUGGUGGUGGAGGUGAGCGGCUCCCUGGCACAACCCUCCCUGUUCUACCACCUUGCCGUGCGUGAGAGCUUCAGCAUGACCAACAAUGUGCUCCUCUGCUCCCAGGCCGACCUCCCUGACCUGCAGGCCCUGCGUGAGGAUAUUUUCCAGAAGAACUCGGACUGUGCUGGAAGCUAUACACUGAUCCCCUAUGUGGUGACAGCCACUGGUCGGGUGCUGUGUGGUGAUGUCGGCCUCCUGAAGGGCCUGGCUGACGGGCUGGUACAGGCUGGGGUGGGCACCGAGGCCCUGCUCACUCCCCUGGUGGGCCGCUUUGCCUGCCUGCUGGAGGCCACUUCCACGGACUCCUGUGGCUAUUUCCGGGAGACCAUUCGGCAGGCUAUCCGGCAGGCUCGGGAGCGGCUCAGUGGGCAGCAGCUUCGGCAGGAGCUGGCUCGCCUGCAGCGGAGACUGGACAGCGUGGAGCUGCUGAGCCCUGACAUCAUCAUGAACCUGCUGCUGUCCUACCGCGAUGUGCAGGAUUACUCAGCCAUCAUUGACCUGGUGGAGACGCUGCAGGCCUUGCCCACCUGUGACGUGGCCGAGCAGCACAAUGUCUGCUUCCACUACACAUUUGCUCUCAACCGGAGGAACAGGCCUGGGGACCGGGAGAAAGCACUUGCUGUGCUGCUGCCCCUGGUACAGUUCGAGGGCUCUGUGGCGCCUGAUCUGUACUGCAUGUGUGGCCGAGUCUACAAGGACAUGUUCUUCAGCUCCGGCUUCCAGGAUACUGGGCACCUGGAGCAGGCCUAUCACUGGUACCGCAAGGCCUUCGACGUGGAGCCCAGCCUGCACUCCGGCAUCAACGCAGCUGUGCUCCUCAUCGCAGCUGGGCAGCAGUUUGAGGACUCUGAGGAGCUCCAGCUCAUAGGCAUGAAGCUGGGCUGCCUGCUGGCCCGCAAAGGCUGUGUGGAGAAGAUGCAGUAUUACUGGGAUGUAGGUUUCUACCUGGGAGCCCAGAUCCUUGCCAAUGACCCUAUCCAGGUGGUGCUGGCUGCAGAGCAGCUGUACAAGCUCAAUGCCCCCAUAUGGUACCUGGUGUCAGUGAUGGAGACCUUCCUGCUCUACCAGCACUUCAGACCCACGCCAGAGCCCUCUGGAGGACCCCUACUGCGUGCUCACUUCUGGCUGCACUUCUUGCUGCAGUCCUGCCAGCCGUUUAAGACACCCUGUCCCCAGGAAAACCAGUGCUCGGUGCUGGUCCUUGAGAUGAACAAAGUGCUGCUGCCCGCAAGGCUUGAGGUUGAGGGGAUGAGCCCCGUGAGCGCUGUGACCCUUCGCCUGCUGGAGCCAGAGACGCAGGAGGAGCCCUCCAGCUGGACCUUCCCAGUGGCCUCCAUCUGCGGAGUCAGUGCCUCCAAGCGCGACGAGCGCUGCUGUUUCCUCUACGCGCUUCCUCCGGCCCAGGACGUCCAGCUGUGCUUCCCCAGCGUCGGGCACUGCCAGUGGUUCUGCGGCCUCAUCCAGGCCUUGGUGAAGAAUCCAGAUUCCACGGCGCCCGCGGAGGAGGCGGGCAGCGUGGGGGAGGUGCUCGAGUUUGACUAUGAAUACACGGAGAACGGCGAGCGGCUGGUGCUGGGCAAGGGCACCUACGGCGUGGUGUACGCAGGCCGCGACAGGCACACGAGGGUGCGCAUCGCCAUCAAGGAGAUCCCCGAGCGGGACAGCAGAUUCUCUCAGCCCCUGCACGAAGAGAUUGCUCUCCACAAACGCCUGCGCCACAAGAACAUCGUGCGCUAUCUGGGCUCCGCCAGCCAGGGCGGCUACCUCAAGAUCUUCAUGGAGGAAGUGCCCGGAGGCAGCCUGUCCUCCUUGCUGCGCUCAGUGUGGGGACCCCUGAAGGACAAUGAGAGUACUAUCAGCUUCUACACCCGCCAGAUCCUGCAGGGACUCAGCUACCUGCACGACAACCGCAUUGUGCACCGGGACAUCAAGGGGGACAAUGUACUGAUCAACACUUUCAGUGGGCUGCUCAAGAUUUCUGACUUUGGCACCUCCAAGCGGCUAGCAGGCAUCACACCCUGCACUGAGACAUUUACAGGGACCCUGCAGUAUAUGGCCCCAGAAAUCAUUGACCAGGGCCCGCGGGGAUAUGGGAAGGCAGCUGACAUCUGGUCACUGGGCUGCACUGUAAUUGAGAUGGCCACGGGUCGGCCACCCUUCCAUGAGCUAGGGAGCCCACAGGCUGCCAUGUUUCAGGUGGGCAUGUAUAAGGUGCAUCCACCGAUGCCCGACUCUCUGUCAGCUGAGGCCCAAGCCUUCCUCCUCCGAACUUUCGAGCCGGACCCCCGCCUCCGAGCCAAUGCCCAAACUUUGCUGGGAGACCCCUUCCUGCAGCCUGGGAAGAGAAGCCGCAGCCCCAGCUCCCCUCGGCAAGCUCCUCGGCCCUCAGAUGCCCCUUCAGCUGGCCCCACUCACUCGGCGGACAUGACCACCCAGUCCCACACAUUCCCUCGGCCUCAGGCACCCUCUCAGCACCCACCCAGCCCUCCCAAGCGCUGCCUCAGUUAUGGGGACACCUGCCUGCUCCGGGUGCCCGAGGAGCCCGGAGUCGAGGAGCCAGCGUCCCCGGAGGAGAGUUCGGGGCUCAGCCUGCUGCACCAGGAAAGCAAGCGCAGGGCCAUGCUCGCAGAGGUGCUGCAGCAGGAGCUGCCCACGCUGGCGGACAAUCUGCGCCUGGAGCGGGAGCAGGGUUCCCGUCUAAGCAAGCCUCAUGUAGAACAGCUGCUGCGCUGCCUCAGCGCGCACAUCCACACCCCCAACCGCCGACAGCUGGCCCAGGAGCUGCGGGCGCUGCAAGCACAGCUGCAGGCCCAGGGCCUCGGGCCGACCCUUCUGAGUGGACCGCUCUUCGCCUUCCCAGAUGCGGUGAAGCAGAUCCUCCGCCAGCGCCAGAUCCGCCCACACUGGAUGUUCGUGCUGGACUCGCUGCUCAGCCGCGCGGUCCGGGCAGCCCUGGCUGUGCUCGACCCAGAGGUGGAGAAGAAGACGGUCUCACCAAGGUCACAGGAGCUGAGCAGAGACUGGGAGUCCCAGCAGAAGCAGCAGGAGACCCAGCUCCCGGCAGAACCCGAGCAGAGCCCCCUGCCUCUGAUAGUGCAGCUGGGCCUCCUGCGAGCUGAGACUGACCGGCUUAGGAAUGUCCUGGUGGAGAAGGAACGGGAGUGCCAGGCCUUGGUGCACCGGGCGCUACAGCGGGUGAAUGGGGAGGCCGGAACCUACGCUCUGGCCUCAGAGCCUCCGGCGUCUCUCACAAAGGACCAGAGCCUGGUGCAGUGGCUACAGGACCUAAGUGUGGAUGCAGGGACCAUCCAAACGCUGCUGAACCACAGCUUCACCCUCCAUGCUCUGCUCACCUGUGCCACUCGAGAUGACCUCCUCUACACCCGAAUCAGGGGAGGAAUGGUAUGCCGCAUCUGGAGAGCCAUCUUGGCACAGCGAGCAGGAUCCAUGUCAGGAACCCUGGGACCCCGAGAGGCCGAAUGAGGACAGCAGAGGCAGGACAGACCCACAGACGGAUGGAGAAACGGAGAAGACAUGAAGCUGCUCCUGAAACACCAACCCAGGAGCCAGGGACAACUGUGGGAGGCUGGGAAGCGGGGCCGGAGUAGGCCCAGGCCCAGCCCCAGUGUGGAGAACCAGCUGCAGAAGCACCCAAGUGUUUGGUAAACAGGACCAAAGACUAUUAAACAGUGCCUGUCUUGGCCCCUCUG